AUGGGCAUUGUUAGCAGUAGGCCCGACGAUGGGGCCUCUCUCUAUUUGAGAGACCAGAACCGACUGUCCAUAUCUUCGAUCGUUGUAACGAACCCGCGAACGCGAAACACGGUCAACAUCGCACCCAAUGCAUUUCCAGCUUCCAGAAUCGUCGCUUCUCGGCCGGCCGGCGAGAGUACUCCUAUAGAAUUCGUACAGGAUCUCGAGUCCGCCGUCCCUGGCGGCCCUCCCAACUUUAUCCUUAAACUGAGUAGCGACGAGGAGCUCAUCUUUACGUUCACCUUUGUCAUCCGCCAGUCCGAGGCGGGCGUCGCCCAACCCACGAAUGGUGUUGCCGAGGUACACCCACCCGUCGAGACCCAGAUCACCGGCCUCACAUAUGUCUACGCCUCGUCUCCGCGCGAAGUAGAGAACCUUGUCACCCGCGAAUUCCAUGCCGACCCCAAUCUGCACAAGAAUGCCAACGUCGAGCUCGUGGGCGACUUCACCACUGGUGGCAGUCCCUCCGUCGCCUUUGACUGGACGUGGAAGUGGAAGCCGCCGAAGAACAUGGAGGAUAGAGGUGGUGGAUGGAGGAACUCUUGCAGCUUUUUCCUACUGGGUAUCAACCACCCCAACUCUCCAUCUCCGCCCUUUCACCUGGCGCCGCCUCCCAAGCACCGCGUUGCCUCCUCACAAUCUGUCGAAUCCCGAAGCAGCCACGCAGACUUGGAAGAACCCGCCUCGCCAUUGUACUCUGUACCUACUACGAUCCAGACUCCUCUGCCACACCAAGUGCCUCCCCAACCCGAGCCAGUUAAGGUAGAUGUGGUAUGCCCGAAACCUGGCGACGAUAUGACAGUCACGGAUGAUGGUCCCGUCUUCCGCGCCACUAUCAAGGCACUUGAGCAGAAAACAGGCAACAUGCGUAUGCAGGUCAAGCGCGUGCUGAAGAAAGCCGAGAGCGCAUACGAAGCCCAGACCGACGCGAAUGACAAGUUCGCCUCAUUUUUAGAAGCCUUGAAGGAGGCAUCGGCAACGAACGCGAAUGCCGUGCAGCCCGCCAUUGACCACUACUUUGACAAGAUCGCGCAGGAAAUUAUGGCCUAUGAACGCAGGAAUACUCUCAACCUGCAAAAGAUCGUCAUCGAGCCGCUCAGCAAAGUAUACACUUUUGACAUCAAACGGGCCGAAGACAAGAAGAGAGACUUUGAGGAAGAAAGUAAAGAUUAUUAUGCCUACCUGGCUCGCUAUCUCGGCCAACGACAUGACUCGGUCAAGGCUAAGAAGUUGGCCGAGAGCGACACCAAGUACCAGACCAAGAGACGAACGUUUGAGCUCAAGCGCUUCGACUAUUCCAGCUUCAUGCAGGACUUGCAUGGUGGGCGGAAAGAGCAAGAGGUUCUCUCACAUCUCACACGAUAUGCAGAUGCACAGGCUCGAGGCUUUCUUGGCGCAGCCAGGAAGAUUGACACACUGCUCCCACAGCUGGAGGCCCUGUCAAACGAAGUCAGCGAAGCCGACAAAGAGUUUCAAUACCAACGCCGUGAACGAGAAGAGAAGAGGAGACUGUUGGAAAAGAGCAACGCAGAUACGGAUUUGCCUCCUGCAACCGCGAACAACACGUAUAGCACCUCCUCCAACGGCCAGGCAACCUCUACCUCAGACUCUGAACUCGGACGCGCAGAUAGUACUGGCUCACAGCUCAAGUCCGCCAUAUCUGGUGGUUCUCAGGGAGCGGUGGCAUCUCCCGAACUGUCCAGGUCUCCGGGCAGUCUCGGACAAUCCUCCAUCGGAAGCCCAGCUGCUACGUCCAAGUUCAAAGGCAUUCGGGAUCUCGAGGAGCGCGACCACGUGCAGAUAGCCAAUGCUGAGAGACAUAACGCGCAGCGCAAGGAGGGACUUUUGUGGGCAUUGAGCAGGCCUACCAGCCACGUGGACCCGCGUAACCUCAACAAGCCUGGCUGGCACAAGUUCUGGAUCGUCCUCGAUCAAGGAAAGCUCUCCGAGUACAGCAACUGGAAACAAAGACUCGACCUGCACAUGGACCCUAUUGACCUCCGGAUGGCGUCUGUGCGAGAAGCACGCAAUGCUGAGCGCCGAUUCUGCUUCGAGGUGAUAACACCACACAACAAGCGAGUCUACCAAGCAACUUCCGAGGAAGACAUGAACAGCUGGAUUUUGUCCAUCAACAACGCACUGCAAAGUGCAGUCGAAGGCCGAAUGGGCGACAGAUCAGGGCCGGCGCCGUCCUCGAGCGAUUCAAGUUCUUUCAAGCGCGAUAUUGGGUCUGUUUUGACAGGCAAAAGCCCGUCUCUGGGCCAUGGCAGUUACAAUCCGAAUGCAAACUCGAACAGUGGCAUGCCUGCUCGUCGCAUAACGGUCGGCGCCAAGCCCAGUAUUCCCCGAGCUCCCAGCGGCAGUUACGACGAUACUCCCGAUAAGCUCUUGCAAAUGCUUCGAGACAACGACCAAGGCAACUGCUGGUGUUCCGACUGUGGAUCUGGCGCCAAGGUCGAAUGGGUUUCCAUCAAUCUUGCCAUAAUCCUUUGCAUCGAGUGCAGCGGCAUCCAUCGGUCGCUCGGCACUCACAUCAGCAAAGUACGGUCUCUCACGCUUGACAUCACGUCAUUCACCGCCGAUAUUGUAGAGCUGCUCAUGCUCGUCGGCAAUCGCGUCGCAAAUAUGAUUUGGGAGGCGAAGCUUGAUGCUUCCAUCAAGCCCGGGCCGCAGGCGACACGUGAACAGCGACUGCGCUUCAUCACAGCGAAGUACGUUGACCGAGCCUAUGUUGAGCCGAUAUCCACAACAUUGUCGCGUUACUCGACGCCAGACGAGACUUUGCUGGCAGGUAUCAAGAAGAACGAGGUUCAACAAGUCAUCUAUGCUAUGGCUCUCAAGGCAAACCCCAACGCCACCGAUAAGUCGAGAGGCACACAUGCCGUGUUCCUCGCCCUGGCAGCCGCGGACCCAGCGUCUCCUUCGGCAGUUGGAGGCCAACAGCCCGAACCCGAGAAGCCGGUACCGUUCCCCGUGGCGGAGAUGCUCGUGCAGAACGGCGCCGAGAUUCCAACUACGAUGCCAGCCUUCCCGCUCAGCCGCAGCGCACAGUUGUAUGUCGAGCAGAAACGAGGGCGGUCGGUUGGCAUUGCUCGGGAUAGCAUUGGUUCUUUGCGACCAAGCCAAAACGCGGGCGAGAAGAUUCAACAAGACAUGGAAUCAAGGCUACACAAACGCAUGAGCGCGGGCGGCCGCCUGGCGAAGAGUCCGAUCCCGGAGAGGUAG